CCGGGCCGGGCCCGCGUCGCGCUGUCAUGGCGGCGGCCAGCGGGCUGGGGCGGUGCUUGCGCCUCGCAGCGGGGACUGCCCGCCGGCGGGAGCACCGGGCCCGGGCUGAGCGGACCCGGGACCGACAUCUACACCUGCACCGGGCCCUCCACCUGCAGCCAGAUGCCCAUCAAUGUGAGGAUGCAGGCCAGAUGCCGGAGAGUUUAACAGAUGUAGUAAAUGUCACUUUCCUUGACCGAUCCGGGAAGAGAAUUCCUGUGAAGGGGAAAGUAGGAGACAACGUCCUCCGCUUGGCUCAGGAAAAUGGGAUUGAUCUGGAGGGUGCUUGUGAAGCUUCUUUGGCAUGUUCGACCUGCCACAUCUAUGUGAAUGAGGAACAUUUCGAUAAACUUCCUGAACCGGUUGAAAGGGAGGAAGACAUGCUGGACAUGGCACCCGUCCUGCAGAUCACCUCCCGGCUAGGAUGUCAGAUUAUCCUCACCAAAGAACUGGAAGGCAUGGAGCUCACGCUGCCUAAAAUCACCAGGAACUUCUAUGUGGAUGGGCAUGUGCCAAAGCCCCACUGAUGGGCAGCGGCGGUCUAGGUACGCGAUCUCCCUGAUGCUUCUAACGCACAACGUGACGAUGGGCUGUGCCGCCACCUCCACGCAGGAGCCGAGUGGACAUUAGAAGCAAAUGGAUACAUUUGGACUGGAGAGAAGAUGGAGGGCAAGAUAUCUCCGGGAGGGCGUGCAUUCCUCUCAUCAGUCUUUCUUCUUCACCCAGUUGUGUGCCUUUGGCCAAUGGGAUGAUGAGAUUAGAACAGAAUGGUAUAUGCGGUCAUUUAUUUUUUGUAUCUUUUCCUCUUUCCUCGCCCUGCCUCAUUCCCUCUCUCUGUCCCUCUUUCCUUCUCGUCCUCCUUCGCUUGGCUUAUCCAGUAUUCUUUCUCUACACAUCAUUAAUCUGUAUUGACCAUAUUUAUAUGUUAUGGUUUUGUAUGAAUCUCCCUGAGACGGUUACAAUUUCCUGCUGUCAUUCCUACAACUGGGACCAGAGUUUAAAGUUGAAGCUGUGUAUUGAAAUGUUUUCGAAGCAAAAAAAAAAGUAGGAUGCUUGCCUAAUGUUUAAGGAUACAGCUUUGUCGUCUGUGGAAAGUGAAUACCUCCUUCCCUCCCACACACGCCAAUACUAAUAUUAGUGCCUUGAAUCUGGCAAUGUAUGCGUAAAUGGUACAGUGAAGGUGCCGAUUGUCAGUCACUCCAUCGUCUCACUGCUGUUUGAUCAGCUUCUAGUUUACUGCAAUUCAACACACACAUGAGUUAUUUAAAAUUUAAAUAUUUGUGUCAGUAGCUCAAUGCAGUUUUGCUCCUGUUAUUUGCUGAGGGUCUGGCAGCAUCUCUGGAGAAAUGGAAUUGAACUGAAGAACUGAUCCAACUUGAAACCGUUUUUCCAGAGAUGCUGCCUGACCUGAUGAAUUGCACCUAUAUUUUGUGUCUAUCUUUGGUAUAAACCAGCAUCUGCAGUUCUUUCCCACACAUUGUAGAGGUUCCGUUAUUUUUGUAAGUUGGAGGACAUGGCUGGAUUUUUAAACAUUGGGGAUUACAUUUUGCGCAUGUUAUUUUAUGAAUCACUUAAAAGGGUCAAGAAUAAACAUGGAUCCAUUUUGUUAUCA